AUGCUUUCUUCCCACGAUUUGGUCUUCUCUGCUAUAGCCACGGAAGAGGCAAAUGAAAAGGCAAUGCUUGAUGAAGUACCAACUGGAUCUGACCUUCCCACAGGCCAAGAGUCCAUGCAUGCAACAAAGCAGGGCCGGGACUUAGAGCGAGCUACUGAUCGACCAAGAUCCUGGUCCGCCGACCGUUCUGGAAGCCAUUCGUUCACCAAAGGUCGAUGGGACCGUAACUACAUGGAAGGUCAGGCCCAUGGAAGCCGGGCUGGAGGACAGGGAGGGGAGCUGAGGUCUCUUGGGGGCUACAGAUCCGGGGAUCAGGACGACUUGGGGCCUGCUAUCGCAGGACAGCCCAGCAACACGCUCCUCAUUGUGGUGGCCACCUCGGUGUUCGGCUUUGUGGUACUCACGGCCAACCUUUUGGUUGUCGUCUGCCUCGUACGCAGGCAACGCCACCAGCGGGCAAGACUUCGAGCCAAGUUAGCUCAGACAAACGGUUUCGGAAUGGCCAGUUUAAGCGGCACGACGCAGAUUCACAGUCCAAGUAAGUUGAUCCCUUUCACUGCCAAUCUUCUUAGCCGAACCAUUAGUUGUCUGGCCAACAUUAGCCUGGUUAAUGCCAAUGCCAACACGCUUACCAAUCGAAGAUUGAAUUCUUUGGACCAGACUCAUUUUAAAGGGGUUCUGGCUAACGAUCAGGGGAAUGCGAGUCGUUUG